GGGUUUUUGAUUCUUGAUUUGUUUGUAGUAUUUGUAUUACUUUUUGCUCUGAGUUUCAAUACCAACUAAAAGUUCAGAAAGUUCCCAUCUUUUGGUUGUUCCACUACAAAUUUCCAGAUUCUCUGAUGAUGGGUUAUAAAAAGUUUGAAUUUUUCAUCUGGGUUUGGUCCAUAUUAUCUUUGGCAUAUCUUUGUGCUGGAUUUACUCCCGUAGACAAUUACCUCAUAGACUGUGGAUCCCAAAAGAACACUACUGUUGGUAACCGUGUUUUUAUGUCGGAUAAGUCUGGUGCCAAGUUUCUCUCAACCCCUCAAGACGUUCUGGCCAAUACCAACUUGAAAUCAAUCACUUCUGAUGAUGAUUCAUCGCUCUAUCAGACGGCUAGAAUCUUCACUGAAGCCUCCAAGUACACCUUCUCAAUCAGCCAACAUGGUAGACACUGGAUCCGCCUUUAUUUCUUCCCAUUUCAGUACCAGAAUUACAACAUGAGCUCCGCGAAAUUCGGUGUUUCCACCGAAGACCAUGUCCUUCUGGGCGAGUUCAGUGCUCAAAGCACUUCUGUCAAAGAAUUCUCUGUGAAUGUAACCUCAGACAGCCUUGUUAUCACUUUGUCCCCUUUUGAAAAUUCAUUCGCCUUCUUGAAUGCCAUGGAAGUUGUUUCGGUCCCUGAUGCGUUGAUCACUGAUGAUGCGAAAACCGUGGAGUCAAUGCAGAAUUACCAAGGAUUGUGGUAUCAGGCGUUGGAGACGGUUGCUAGGGUGAAUAUGGGUGGUCCAACGGUGUCGUUUGAGAAUGAUACCCUUUGGAGAACUUGGGUUCCUGACCAGAGCUUUCUACUAACCAAGAAUGGUGUAAAAAAUGUCUCGAAUAUUCAAGCUGUCAAGUACCCUGAUGGUGGGGCAACUCCUGAUAUUGCUUCAAGGAUGGUAUACGGUACAGCCACUGCCAUGGACGCGAGUAGCAAUCCAAGCAACAAUUUCAAUGUGACCUGGGAAUUCAAUGUGGAUCCAGGGUUCAGUUACUUUCUGCGGCUUCACUUCUGUGACAUAGAAAGUAAAGCCCUCAACCAACUGUACUUCAAUGUGUAUGUGGAAUCCUCCAAUGUUGCUCCUAAUCUUGAUUUGAGUACUAUAUCUGCUAAUGUUUUGGCCACUGCAUAUUAUUUGGACUUUGUUACACGUCCAGCCGUUAGAAAUAAGCUUCGCGUAAGUCUUGGACGGUCCACUUUAGAUAGUGUUGAUCCCAAUGCUAUUCUGAAUGGUCUGGAGAUUAUGAAACUAAACAAUUCUAGGGGCAGCCUCAUAGUGGCAGACUCUGUCCCUUCGCGUUCGGAUUCAAGCUCGAAAAACAAAGUUGGAGCAAUAGUGGGUGUGAGCAUUGGGGCUUUUGUUGUAAUGGUGUUAGCUGUGCUUGUGUUUAUUAUGUGCAGAAGAAGGAAACAGCAGGCGUUACAAGGCCAUUCCAAGACAUGGAUUCCUCUGUCCAUUAAUGGAGGCAAUUCCCACACUAUGGGAAGCAAAUACUCCAGUAGAACAACCACGAGUAUUGCUUCAAACCAUGGUUACCGCAUUCCUUUUGCCGUGGUUCAAGAGGCCACAAACAGUUUUGAUGAGAAUUGGGUUAUUGGGAUUGGUGGUUUUGGAAAGGUUUACAGAGGAGUUUUGAGUGAUGGUACUAAAGUGGCUGUUAAGCGAGGGAAUCCAAAGUCCCAACAAGGACUUGCAGAGUUUCAGACUGAAAUCGAGAUGUUGUCUCAGUUCCGUCACCGUCAUCUUGUUUCGUUGAUUGGCUACUGUGAUGAGAAGAAUGAAAUGAUCUUGGUUUACGAGUACAUGGAGAACGGGACACUGAAGAGUCAUCUCUAUGGCUGCGGUCUUCAGAGCUUAAGUUGGAAGGAAAGGCUUGAGAUAUGCAUUGGUUCAGCUAGAGGACUGCAUUACCUUCACACAGGCUAUGCAAAAGCAGUUAUCCACCGCGAUGUGAAGUCUGCAAACAUUUUGCUAGAUGAGAAUCUCAUGGCAAAAGUUGCGGAUUUCGGUCUCUCCAAGGCGGGGCCUGAAAUUGACCAGACCCAUGUGAGUACUGCAGUGAAAGGAAGUUUUGGGUACCUUGAUCCUGAAUAUUUCAGGAGGCAACAACUAACUGAAAAAUCAGAUGUCUACUCAUUUGGGGUGGUCUUGUUUGAAGUUCUAUGUGCAAGACCUGUUAUAGAUCCAACCCUCCCCAGGGAAAUGGUCAAUUUAGCUGAAUGGGCAAUGAAAUGGCAGACAAAGGGGCAGUUGGAGCAGAUCAUAGAUCCUAAUCUUGUGGGAAAAAUAAGACCAGAUUCUCUCAGGAAGUUUGGGGAAACCGCAGAGAAAUGCUUGGCGGACUUUGGUGUCGACAGGCCCUCGAUGGGAGAUGUAUUGUGGAAUCUGGAGUAUGCCCUCCAGCUUCAAGAGGCAGUGAUUCAUGGUGAUCCCGAAGAAAACAGCAGCAAUGUGAUCGGCGAGCUAUCUCCACAGGUUAACAACUUCACCAACGUCAACACAAGUCUCUCCGCAGUCGAAAUGACCAAUCUAGAUGAUCUUUCGGGCGUUUCCAUGAGCCGGGUGUUCUCGCAGCUGGUGAAGUCUGAGGGUAGGUGAAAGCUCGACUUUUGGCAACAUAACAGUGGAUAAGAUCACUUUCUUUCUUUCUUCAAAAUGUGGAAUUAAAAUCUGCUUGAUUAAGUUUAAAUGAAAAGACUAUUUUCUUGUACUUUUAUAAUGUGAGUUUUUGGCCAAAAAAGAAUUCAAUAGAGAUUGUUAUUACACCUUUUGUGAAAUUCUGCAGACUGCAAUUAAGUAAGUUAUAUUUUGAUUUUUGGUUUGUACAGAACGGAUGGUGUUGGUUCUAAUGAGUA